AUGGCGAACCUGGCAUCAACCUACCGGAAUCAGGGACGAUGGAAUAAAGCUGAGAAGCUGGAGGUGCAAGUCAUGGAGACAAGGAAGACAGUGCUGGGAGCUGAGCAUCCUGACACUCUGACCAGCAUGAAUAACCUCGCCUAUACCUUGGAAUCCCAAGGGAAGCUUCAAUAUGCUUUGGCUCUAAUGGAAAAAUGUUCUGAGUUGCGCAGCAAAGUAUUAGGGCCUAAUCACCCAGAUACCAGAUCCUCCUCUUGUGCUCUUGGCGACUGGAUGGAUAAGUAUAAUUCAUCCCCAAACCAUACACCCCCAGCAGCGCCCACUGAAAUAGAACGUUUGCAACAUAUACAGGAAAUUUCACGGGGCCUACAGUGUAAUGAUCGCUCAGUCGCCCCGUGA